CACUGACCUCUCCCGCAAGGAUAUAAUCUCCUGCCUUGGCUUUAUGACAUUUGAGGUCAGAGCUGCCCCGCUUACCUGAGUCCCCACGCUGUCACCAGCCCGGCCUGGACCUUCUGACGGGCAUGAGUAGCUCCUCCCCAGAUACGACUCAGGUGUGUAAGGAGUAUAAAUGUGCCAGAACCUGCCAACAGAGAGAGACAGGUACGUUGGACGUUGGCAUGGCGGAUCGCUCCACUUGUUUCAGAGCAAGGCGUGUCCGAUAAAUCUUUUACCCGGAGUUCUGCAGAUGACUGGUUCCAAAGGUCAAGGGUAAAAGAUACACAGAAGCAGUGAGGAGAGAGAAGACGGAGUACAGAAAAGCUGAGGUGAUUCAUUAGUGAAAUAAUUCAUAUAUUGUCACUUGUAUCAACAGAAAUAACACAUAAACAUGGCAGAGAGCACGAGUCCUAAAGGCACAUCUGGCGACUUUGCUAAAAAGGUCCAAAGACAGCUGAGCAGAAGCAAAGAAAAGGUUUUGCAAAAGCUUGGAAAGACGCUGGAGACCAGAGAUGACCAGUUUGAUCAGUACCUCCAAACCUUCAUCGACCAGCAGAGCGAUGGCAACCGAAUAUACAAGGACCUGAGGAACUACAUCACUGCAGUGAGAGACAUGCGUGAAGCUUCAAGACGCCUUUCUCAGUCUCUGUUUGAUGUUUACGAAAGCGACUGGGCCGGGGAGGAAGAUCUGGGAGCCAUCGUAGAGGGGGAGGACCUGCUGUGGAACGACUUCGAGGUCAAGCUGAUAGACCAGGCUGUCCGCACCAUGGAGUCCUACGUGGGCCAGUUCCCAGACAUGAGGGAGAAAAUUGCCAAGAGGGGAAGAAAACUGGUCGACUACGACUCGUGUCUUCACCAUCUGGAGGCUCAGCAGUCGUCGAAGAAGAGGGAUGAUAUCAAGAUAAACAAGGCAAAGGAGGAGAUGAAAGCUGCCAAAGCUGUUUAUGAAAGGAUCAACACUGAGCUGAAAGACGAGCUUCCUGUUCUCCAUGACAGCCGCAUCGGAUGCUACGUGACCGUCUUCUCAUCUGUGUCUAAUUUACGAGACAUCUUCUAUAAGGAAAUGAACACGCUCAAUCUUGAUCUACAGAGUGUAAUAAAAGAGCUCCAGGCUCAGCAUCCUGACAAAGGGUUUGCAGUGAGAGGUGUGCAGAGGUAUGGCUCCUUGAGAAGGACUCUGAUGUCCCCUAGGGCCUGGAAAUCCAGUUUUUCUGAGUUUCACAGGAGCUACAGCCCCAGGAACAGCCAGCGGUCCAGUUUCAGGUCCUCUGACAAGUCUCGCUACGGCACUCUGUCCAGAGAGGGCAGUACGCUCGGCGUCUCCUCGAAGCCUUCGUCCCUGGAGAGCCCUCUGUCUGAAUCCAGGGAGCUGGACGCUGCAUCGAUCCACAGUGAGAGACGCAGCUCUGCAGGACAAGACACCGCUGCCUCCACUGUGGAAACAUCAGGGCGGGAGCUGAAGACAGAAGAAAACAGCAGUCAGGCUGAAGGGGGGGAAGGCUGGAAGGAGCCGGCUGAGAAGAAAGACGGGGAAAAAGCUCCACCAAGUGCGAGCAGCUCUGAACUGAACGUGUCUUGUGACUCGGAGAGCUUGGAGCUGCAGCUGUCUGCCGCACACAGCGGCCCACUGCACAUCGAAGAAGACGCCGUGACCUCUGACCCUGAAAAACCAAAUGGUCUGGAAAAUGGUGUGGUCAGUGGGUUGAACUCUGACCCCAAGGACCUGAGCACUCUGCACAAGGAUGUGUCUGCAGGAAAGGAGGCGCUCCAAGACUCAAAGAGCACAACGGUUUAAAGUUUUCACCAUUUUAUAAAAAGAACGUCGGGACAGAACACGAGACUGAAGACAACAGCUGCAGCGACGAGCCCAGCUCUUCUCUAAUGUCCGCUUCUGUUGUUGAGUUUUUUAUCUAUUGAUGAAAUUAACUUUAUAUGAUGUUCGUUCUGAGAGACUGAAACAAAACCAACACCCAUAGUUUUAAUGAUAAACGUACUAAAAAGGUUUACACUGACUAUCUGUAUUAAAGUCUGUGUUUGAAACUAAAACCGCUGAGCUACACGCGCUGCUCUCCGACCACCUGACAGCUAUAAAACGUGUGUUUCACUUUAAGUACCUAUGAAUAAUCUAAGACUUUAAUCAAAUGUAGUUUUAUGUGUCACUUAUGA